GUUCACUAUAUUUGUGGACAUGUAAAUGAGGUUUUCGCACGCACUAGCACCCCCAACGCGUUUGCAAUUCUGGUGUCUACAACAUAAGGUCCAGUCCAGCUUUGAAGCGCUUGCAAAUAUGCCCUUUUCCAGGUGCUUUAUUGAGCUCUAAAUUAAAACCUAUAUCUUUUCGUACACUUUUAGUAUGCCUAGAUUUUCAACUUUAUGGUGCAUGGUUUUUAUAUACAAUCUCAUCUUAUCGGUCUUUCAUUUUUCAUUAAUGGUACAAGUGAUCCUGCAAAUAGUGUCCAAGAAGGUUAUGUGUUUCCGUUGGUGCUGGGUGAAAUGAAGGAUGCAAGUUUACCACUGCCGAGUGCAGCUAUAUUGCCUUCUCCCAUCUUGCUAUGGAGGUUUAAGAUUGGAUGGGAUUCAGUCAUGAGAAUGAGUGCAGACUUACAGGAUUUGUUCUUAUAUGAGGCCUUCUUGUACCAUAACCCCCUUCUUCUUGUGGUCGGUAGACAAUUAUCUCUUUGGGCGCUUUUAUUACUCUUUGAUACCAAAUGCAUAUGGACUCUUAUUUGUUAGUUGUGUUAUUGCAAACAAUGAUGGUUUAGCUCUGGGGAGUGAGCUUAUGGGUUUUCUCACAGGGCAGUGUUAAUUAUGCAAAAAUUUUUUAUCUUAAUCAAAAUCAUCUUACUCACAAAGAUAUAUGGAAGCAUUUGGAUGACCAUUAUUGUCCCAACUAGCGUGAUAGCAUAUCUUUAUCUCUAUUCCCAUGGAGAAGUAUCAUUGGCUGCAUCACAACCAGUGUAGCAUCUGUCCUGCCCAUUAUACAAUUUUGUUGCAUUAUUUUUGCAACUGUUAAACUUUAUUGUACCCAUUCCACUUUAUUGUAUCAUUGGCUAAGGUAUGAAGCUGCAUCAUUUUUCGGUCCUUUGUUUUUGGUAUAUUUAAUUGAAAAGCUAUAGCUAGGGACAUAUUUAGGAAUGGUGUUGUGAAUCUGCAUGGUCCUGGAGAAGCUCUAUUUUCCUACAUUUUAGAUUCAGAUAGAUUGUAUGGCAUGGAAAGUACCAGCUUUCCUACUCUUUCAAACUUUUCUAUCCUAGGCUAAAGCUACGAUAUUCGAAUCAUUCAGUUCUGUGAAAGGAGCUUCAUUUUAUAAUGCACUUACAAUUGUCAAUUGAGUGCAGGUAUUUUCAGAUUUGGGACGUUCAGUUGGCCGUAUGGUUCACCGCCAGAUCUUAAAAGGACGAAGAGGGGAGGAAGACGAAGACGAUAGAAACUGUGUGCCUCCACCUCAGCAUCCAUCUCAACAACAAAAAGGCCACGUCAGACACAGAGGAAGGGCUUAUGAGCAAACUGUUAAAUGUUAACGAAAGCCUUAACAGAGGGGCUGAUUUGCCACUGCAGGGAAGUUGAGGGGGUGAUUUGCGCGUGAAGUGAGUUGAGGGGGUGAUUUGCCACCAGUUGUGGAGUUGAGGGGGUGAUCUGCACCUUUUGCCAUUUGUGGACAUGUAAAUGAGGUUUUCGCACGCACUAGCACCCCCAACGCGUUUGCAAUUCUGGUGUCUACAACAUAAGGUCCAGUCCAGCUUU